CUGUCGAAAUCUUAUAACAUACUGUUUGUUUCGCUAUAUUUCAUGAUAUUGACCUUUGCAUCUCUAAUUUCCCAGCUUUUGUUCGUCUUCGUUAGAACACACUCUCGACCCCAUUAGAUUACUUCGCCUUUUAUAAUUCAGACUCAACAUCAACAUGGGCGACGACUCUUGUCACCCGGCAGCCCCAGUACAUCCUCAGGAUGAAAGAGCCGCUUUGACGUCAAGGUUAAUUCCUACCAUGACCCUUUCAACUUCAGACAACCCUUUGACAGCGCCAUUGCCACCAACGACAUCAACAUCACCUGCUGAGAGAGCAGCAGCAAGAUUUCAAGUCAACGGCAAUGCAGUCCUCACCGGUGGUGCUGGCACUUUAGCGUUGGCUUCUGCUCGCGCUUUGUUGGAGCAUGGUCUGUCGUCCCUGGUCUUAAUGGACUUGCAGUCGACCAUCGCCCAUUCUCAACAAUCUAUUUCUGCCCUACAACAGGAAUUCCCCAACAUUCCAAUUCACACUGUCCACGUCGAUGUAACUUCCGAGACCGAGGUGGAGCAUGCUUUUGACGACGCUCGUAAGCUGAUGGGCUCAAUCGAUGUAUUGUGCUGUUUCGCUGGCAUCGUUGGCUGUGUGCACUCAGCCUCUGUCUCAGCUACUCAAUUCCGCAAGGUGGUCGAUGUUAAUUUGACAGGGUCAUUCCUCUGCGCUCAAGCUGCGGCAAAGCACAUGAUAGAGUCCAAAUCCGGGGGUUCUAUUCUUUUCACUGCCUCAAUCUCGGCCCAUUCCACAAAUUUUCCUCAGCCUCAAGCCGCCUACAACGUCAGCAAAGCUGCUGUAGCACACUUGACCCACAAUCUUGCAGCCGAAUGGGCUGUUCAUGGUAUCAGGGUCAACUGCAUCUCUCCAGGCUAUAUGGAUACGGUCUUGAACGCCGGUGACAACCUCAAGCCGGUUCGUGAGAUAUGGGUAAGCCGUUGUCCAAUGGGUAGAAUGGGCGACGUUGAAGAAAUCACCGGUCCAGUGGUGUUGCUAAGUAGUCAGCGGGCAGGAAGAUACAUCACUGGAGCUGAUUUGCGAGUCGAUGGUGGUGCUUUAUGUUUCUAGAGGUAGAACACAUCUCUGUCAGCUGUAAUCACGCCGUUUGCUUUGCCGGUCAAGCCAUUUGCUGGUCAAGCCAUUUGCUGGUCACGCUGUUUGCUGGUCAAGCCAUUUGCUAGUCACGUCGUUUGCUG